AUGGAUCCUUUGAGUAUUAGUGCCUCGGCGUUGACUGUUAUCGCGGCCACCAUUGCGUCAGUAAAUGCGCUCCAUGAGACAGUGAAACGCUACAAGGGUCGCGACAAAACGUUAGGUAGACUACAAGGUGGUCUCCUGGACCUUGUUACCAUUUUGAACUCACUGGAAGCGGCCGCUGAUGGCGAAACCCCGAUUUUGACACUUCUAAAAGGCCCUAUUGGUCGAUGCUCCCAGGUGUGUCGCGAGUUCGAAGACGCUAUGAAAAUAUUUAGCGGGAAGUCGAAAACGGGCUUAAAAGAUUGGACAAAGAUGGAGUUCAUGAGAGGUGACAUCAGCGAAUUCAUUGAUACUUUGGCGGACUAUAAGUCGACAAUCACGAUUGGCCUGGGAACUAUCACCAUGCAUGCUUCUAGACUUACUCAACAAGUUGUCGGAGAGUAUAGUGAGAUGAUCAAGGACACGUCUUAUAGUCUCGAGAUGCGCCUUGAACGCAUCGAUGAGAAAAUAACGAGCGUUGCUGCAAACCGUCCAACUCACGUAGAGGAUUUAAGCAUAGAUCUGCAGGACGAGAAAGCUGUGACAGUACAGUGUCUUCGUAUCUGUGAACGCGCGAGCUCUUAUAUCAGUUCAUUACAAGAUGAGCAACCAGCUUUACAAAGAGAAGCACCUCAGCAGAGUGCAAGAUAUGCGUUGAACCAGUUUGAAUCGCAGGUUUUGACACAAAAUUCGCUGAAAGAGAACCGAGACAAUCUGCUAGAGACAAUCGGUCGCCUUCGGGAACGCCUUGACUCGAUAACCCCCAAUACGGCCCCUGACGGCGGACGCGAGACGUUGCGGUUGCAAGAAGAGAUCGACUUCUCGAAGCAAUGUUUGGAAGUGUGCAAACAAGCCUCCAACCAAGUGUCUAGCCAAAAGAUACACAUCAUCGGAGAGGUCAUCGCCGACGGAGACUGCGAUCAAGUAGUGGUAACAACCCUUGCGGAUCUUUUCAACGUCGGAAAGGUGAAGGCUAUGGGCAGGUCGGCGCAACUGGUCGGUUCAAUGGAGGCCGAUGUCCUUCGGGAUAUAUCCAAGGAUCGCUACGCCAGCCGGUUCGGUGCUCUGGGUGGCAGCCUUGAGACUGUACAAUUGGACACCGCUGCCGCGUCGCCACCCACUUUUGAAACUCCAAAGGCUGGCAAAUCUUUUAUGAAGUUAAAUCAAGCUAAGGAAGAUGAAAAAUUGGCAGGUCCAGAAACAACAUACGACAGACCAUCCCCUAAUGAAGUGAGAAGACGAACGGCUGGGGGGGAAGAUGGGGCAAAGAAGACCGGCCAUGAAUAG